GUAGCCCAUAGGUGCAGAUUAGUGCUUGAUUUUUCUUUCAGUUUACACGGAAGUAUACUAGAGACCAGCUGGACAUAAAUUGGUUUCACAAUAAUCUGCCUGAGUUAGAUGAAGUCUUGGCUACAGACAUCUCCCGUGUUUGAUAAUUAUUGAGUUGUGUGUGUGGGGUGUGGCACAGUGUUUGGAAGAGGCAUGAGAGCAAAGAUCCUGCUGUGAGAACAGGAGAGAGUGGCAGUGCAGUGUUGAACUCAGUGUUUCGCCUCCUGAUCCCUCAUGGCGUAUGCAGCAUUCUACAAUUAUGUCAAAGAAGGAGCAGCUGCUUCCACACAUGAUGAUGUCCAACAAAGUAGCAGGUUUACAGCCUCUUCUCACACUACAAGGCCCUGCUAUGGCAAGUCGCAGCCCAGUGAGGCCACGCCCAAACCGGCAGCUCAGGUCUCCACCGUGAAGCCUGCACAAUUUGAGAAGGCUUCGUCAGGAACUGCCAUGGCAUCAAAACCUGGUCCGGUUACCACAGCAGCUGGCCGAGUCGCAGGAAGUGCUUCCAUUGGGACAGCAGGAAAAGAGGCAACUAAAGCCAAAGCGGAGACUAACACCACGCCAGCAGGUGCUACUGUUAUUGACAUGUCGUCAACUGAGGCUACUAUUGUUGACAUGACAUCAGCUGGGGUGAGGGGCGGUCCUACGGAGAUGUCCCAGACUGCACCUGUGUCCCAAGUCAAAGCCGCUGCUGCAGUUCCUUAUCCUGCUGCUGGAACAGCUGGAGUCGCUGGCUUGACGGCAUCCACUGCUGUGACCAAACCUAAAGAGUCACCCAAAGGCACAGCCAAGAGUGCAACUGAAAUCACAACUCUCGCAGCUGAUUUGCCCAAAGUUGAUCCUGCUAAAACAUCAAAGCCUGCUGCAGCAGCCACGACUGCAGCUAGAUAUGGCUAUGGGCAGGGAAAGAAGGAAGCAGCUAAACCGACUCAGACAAAGGUUCAGGUGGAGGUUCCUCCAAAAGCAGCGUCAGGAGCCAAAGAGGCACCUGCAGUGGAUCCAUUCGAUGCCCUUGCCAGCAUAUUACCAUCAGCUGAUCCAGUCGUCCCCAAACAGCCCGUUUACACAGGGCCAGAGGUCAAAGAGCAUGACGUCAUCGCAACGAAGGGUGUCAGAGUGGGAGAAAGAGACGACACGCUUCCACCAGGGUACAGACGGGAAGAUAUGGCUCCACCUCCUGCAGGUUGGAAACCCAAGGAUGUUCCGAAACCUCUGAGCACAGACGAAGCCCUGGAUUCCCUUACAGCAGGAUUCAUGUCCUCAUCUGCACCAGCAGCACCCAAGAAGCAAGAGAAAAAGGACUCUGUUGAAAGCAUCAGUGCUGCCUCUGCUGGCCCAGCUAACUUUGCACCAGCUCCUGUGAAGAAACCUCAACCCCCUGCAGCUGCUCCCUCCACCGAUAAAAAGAUGCAGAAAGUGUCAGAUGAUUUCUCCUUCUCUGCGAAAGCAGCUCCCACUGUGGCUGUUGGUGGUUGUAUGGCUAGUCCUGCUGAGAAAAAGGCCAAGAUAGAGAGUCCGGUAGCGGUAUCGUGUGAUUUCUCUCUGGAGAGUGGACUGGAUGCCAAAGCAACGAGCAGGCCCAAGACUGAUGAUGCUGCUCCUAUGUCUCUGGAUGCUCUCAGUGCUCUUGUCGACACAUUGCCAGUUGACGCACCCAAACCUGAACUCCCUGAGGUCAGACCAGAGGACAUCGUCUCGGAGGACAAACACAAGAAGGAGAAGGGUGUGUUUGUAGGAGAGAGGGAGGACUCCAUUCAUCCAGACUACAGGUUCAACAAGGAGGAGCUCAAAAAACUGCCUCCUCCCAAACCCCAGCCCACCAUGGCCACAGAUGAGGCUCUGGACAUUUUGUGUGGAGACUUUGUGGACUCCUCAGCAGCUCCUACAGUCAAAGCUCCUCCUCCUCAGAAAGCCCCUCCAGCUCCUGCUCGCCCUGCUGAUAAAAAAGGAAGGAUGGAUAAGGAUGAUUUCUCUUUGGAGGCUGGACUUACUUCUUCAACUGCGAAGAAAGUUGAAUCCUGUGCAGUUCCUGCUGUCGAUAUGAAAGCUGCAGCCAGAAAGGAUGCCACUGAUGGAAAGUUAAAGACCGACAAGGCUGCUCCUGUGUCUCUGGAUGCUCUCAAUGCUCUGGUAGACAUGUUGCCUGCAGACGCACCCAAACCUGAACUCCCCGAGGUCAGACCAGAGGACAUCGUCUCGGAGGACAAACACAAGAAGGAGAAAGGUGUUUUUGUAGGGGAGAGAGAUGACUCCAUUCAUCCAGACUACAGGUUUAACAAGGCGGAACUGAAAAAGCUGCCUGCUCCCGAACCUGAGCCCACCAUGGGUACGGGCGAGGCUCUGGACAUUUUGCUUGGCGACUUUGCGACCCCCUCAGCAGCUCCUUCUGUCCAGUGUAAAGUGGAGGAUGUGUCCGCUCUGGAUGUCCUCUCUGGAGAUUUUGUAGCUCCAACUAAAGCGUCAGGAGUCCAGGCUCCCAUCCCUCCAUCUGUUAAGAUGACACAAGAGAAAAUGGUUCAUCAACAGGAGAAACUUGUCCUCCAACCUAAACAAGCAAAAUCUGAUAAGGCUGACCCUAUGUCUCUGGAUGCUCUAAGUGCUCUUGGUAGCUCGCUACCAGCUGACAAACCCAAACCUGAACUCCCCAAAGUCCGCCCUGAGGACAUGGUUUCGGAGGACAAACACAAGAAGGAGAAAGGUGUGCUUGUGGGGGAGAGAGAUGACUCCAUUCAUCCAGACUACAGGUUUAACAAGGAGGAACUGAAAAAGCUGCCUGCUCCCAAACCUGAGCCCACCAUGGACACAGGAGACGCUCUGGACAUUUUGUCUGGAGACUUUGUGACCUCCUCAGCAGCUCCUGCUGUCCAGGCUCCUGUUGUCACUCCCUCAGCUCCUCCUGCACAGCCCUCUGCAGACUUUGCUCUGGAUGCAUUGGCGGGAGACUUUGUUACUCCCACUGCUGCUAAAGCUGUGAAGUCUGCGGUUUGUGUUCCCACAGAAACAGACCCACAGCUGCUAGCCGGAGUAGACAAUGCCAUGGAUGCUCUGUCAGACACCUUGAAGGAUAUCCAACCUGCCCCCAUGCCCGCUCCAGUUCCUGUCAAAGACAUUGUUGAUGAGAAAAAGGCUGUUGAAGAGAAGCUGAUUAAGAUGGGAGAGAGAGAUGACACGCUGCCGCCAGAGUAUAGGCCCACUGAGGAAGAUCUGAAGAAAAUGGCGGAAGAUAAGGCAAAGGCAGCUGCAGCACCCAAGGAGAGCACUAUGGAUGAUAAAACAGCCCUGGACCUGCUGGCCGGUGACUUCACUCCUAUGGUUCAGCCCGUGGAACGUUGUGAUCUUCCUAAAGCUGAACCAGCAAUGUCUAAACCUCCAGAUCACAUAGAGCCCAUGCCCGGUCCCGCCCUGGAUUCGAUGGCAAAAACUCUGCUCCCAGACGCCGCAGUGUUCAAACCGAAAACAGAAAAACCAAAGGGCAAGAGCAAGUCAAAGUCAAGGUCUAAAAAACACCAUGCAGAGGAUCCAUCUGCCACGGACCAGUUUCCUGCUCAGCCGAGCUCAGACGUUAUGCCGACAUCUACAAAGAAAGGAGGCAAAAGAUAGACCACUUGGGAAGAUUGUCAGCAAAACUGUCCUCAAGGCCAAAGGGACGCACGAGGGAGCUGCUUCCUGGAUAAUGUUUCUAUUUUUCUAAAACGUCAAGAAUGUAUACUGGAUGAAAGAAAAACCUACUCAUACCCAUAACAUUUGCAGCACGCGUACAUACAGAUUCAGACAAACAUACAAACACCUACACACGCACACACACACACACACACGCACACACGAAAGCACAUGUGAGUGCGUUGCCUAUUUUGCUCAGUUUUAUUUUUAUUUAAGAAUGGGAAAGAUUGGUUUCUGGUUAGAGAAAUUGACAAAAAUUAUUUUUAAAAAAGGAUGAAGGGUGAGGAAUGAGUGUUGAACGGCCUGAGAAAGGAAAGAAAGUGCGGGGACAGACACGUUUGUUAGUCAGUGUAUUGAGCGUGCUGAGGGAAGGAAGACGAUGCUCAUCAGAACUCUGCAUGACCACCUUAGCCGACAGUUUCUAUUUUUCCAAUGACAUCUAGUAUGACAACAUACCUAAGCUUUAGCUGUUUGUAUGACAACAGACAUUAUCUAAGCCUGGUGGUGUUGUAACCUUGGUUGUAAAAGUUGUGACUUUCAGCUAUUGUGUGAGCAGCAGAGUGGGUGUUAAGUAUCGGGAUGUUUGUGCAAUCUUGGUGUCAAAAAAAAAAGCCACCUUUUCUUUCAUGAUGUGGUGAGAUACCAAUAAGACACUAGUGUACAGCUUAGUUUGCUUUCAUUUUGGACAACACGUAGUUUCCGAUUUUAAACAUGUGGAGGAUUUAAAGGAGGCGUUCUGCUUCAAUCUGAUUCGAGAGCUUCUUGCAAAUGCCUAAUACUUUCUGAGGGACUUUUGUAUGUAUUUGGCCUUGUAGAAAAAUAUAAAUGCUGGUGUCCAAAAGUGCACUUAGUGAACUGAGGUGGUAAAAACUUUGUAAACUGCCCUUGUUUGCAUACUGUAAUACAAAGAAAAGAUAUUUGCUUUACAUGAACACUGUAUACUUUACAAAAGGACUUUUCAAAUGUAGACAUAAACAUAUUACUUUUCCAAAAAAAAACAGACUCCAUGUCAAUGUUUUGUGUGGGUGUGAGUCGAAAGAUAUGAAAGAUAUUUGAGAUGUGGGAAUACUAAUUAAAUAAAAGAGUUCAAUAAAAAAAAAAUCUAAAACUCAAA